AUGCAAAGGCGCACGGAAGCAAGCCUGUGCACGUCCACUCGUGGAAAGCCAAUGGCGACCAAUGACUACUGGCUCUUUAAUAUGCUGCCACCGCUGAAGGCGCCCACUCUGGUGCUGGAGACACUGCCGACGACCCGAGACUCUGCUGCCGAGACGAGACCGACCAGAGAAGAUAAGCUGCUGGACACACAGGAAACAGAGCUGAUGUACUAG